UCGUUAAUAUAAAAGGAUCUUACUAAAAUAAAAAUGUAAUUGAAAGGUUUAGAGACAUAAUUGAAAGGUUUAGAUAAAGAGAUUUAAACUUGAUUUUUGGGUGAUUAGGCAAAUGGCAGCCAUUAGUUCAAUCCAACCUAUUCCAUUGAGUUUCUUCAUAAUCCAACUCAAUCAAACCUCCAAAUUCCGAAAUUCCCUCGCCUCCACAAAAUGCUCCAUAGUUCUAUUAUUCAUCGAGAUCGCCACAAUUUUCGCUACCCCAAAUACCUAUUAGAUGUAGAUUCAAAAUUUUCUACACAAUUUAUCUUACAUAGAAUCACAUAUUCUAUUCAACCAUACAAAAUCUCGAGUAGAUUCAAAUAAUUUCUUAGUUUUGUCGUGAAAUUUCCGAUUCCCGCCGUUAUCCGCCAUGCCCAGCAAACUCCGGAAGGCACUCUACGCCGUGAAAGACCAAACCAGCAUUGGUUUAGCCAAAGUCUCUUCCUCCGCCGGCGGCCCCAAUGCCACCUCCUUAGAAGUCGCCGUCCUCAAAGCCACCACUCACGACGACGUCCCUCUCGACCACCGCUACGUCAACGAAAUCCUUACUCUAAUCUCCGCCAACAAAUCCCACGCGGCCGCCUGCGCUCACUCCAUUGCCAAACGCAUUACCAAGACCCGUAAUUGGACCGUCGCUUUGAAAUCACUCAAUCUCGUCCUCAAGAUCUUCCAAGACGGUGAUCCUUAUUUCCCUAGAGAAGUCCUUCACGCUAUGAAACGCGGCGCUAAAAUCCUCAACCUCUCCAAUUUCAGAGAUGAUUCCAAUUCAAGCCCUUGGGACUAUACUGCGUUUGUUCGAACUUUUGCUCUCUAUCUUGAUGAACGUUUAGAUUGUUUCUUAACUGGGAAACUUCAGAAACGAUUCACUCAACGUAAAACAGAGAGUUACCAUGCGACUACCCGACGGAUUAACGAGCCUAUUCGUGAUAUGAAACCCGCGAUGUUGAUUGAUCGAAUUACUUAUUGGCAGAAAUUGUUGGACAGAGCAAUUGCUACUAGACCCACCGGACCCGCCAAGGGGAAUCGAUUAGUUCAACAUUCUCUUCACGCUGUUGUUCAAGAGAGCUUUGAUUUAUACAGAGAUAUCUCCGAUGGGCUUGCGCUUCUUUUAGAUAGCUUCUUCCAUUUGCAGUAUCAGUCGUGUGUUAAUGCGUUUCAAGCUUGUGUUAAAGCGGCCAAGCAAUUUGAGGAACUGGGUUCGUUUUAUGAUUUGUGUAAGAGUAUUGGGGUUGGAAGAACUUCUGAAUAUCCGAGUGUUCAACAGCCUUCCGAUGAAUUGAUUGAGACAUUGCAGGAAUUUUUGAAAGAUCAAGCUUCGUUCCCCUGUCAUGGCAACCGAUCACCGCCACAGGCGAUUCUCUCCGUACCGAUGACGAAACUCACUGACGAUCUCGAACAAUCGGAAUCUUCGGAUAAGAAUUCCGAGAGGGGAUCGGAUUUCAACUCUGUGGGGGAUAUUAUGAGCGCUACCGGAAGCUGGACAAGCCCUGCGAAUUCCGUCGAGCAAGACGGUGAAGGGUAUUCCGAUUAUCAAUCGGAGAAGCAAUCCCGGUUGGGAGAUUUCGCAAAUGAAUCGAAUCUGUCUCCGAAUUUCGCAUUCUUUGAAGAGAACGGAAUGCCAUUUGAAGAAGAAUCCCAAUUUGGGGUUGCUCCGAGUAUGAGAUUCGGUGAUUGGGAGCUCGUUCUGGCGGAAUCCGCGACGGCCUCGCCGAAAGAAUGGCCGGAUUUCUUCUCCCCUUCCAUCGGCGACGACCUGUUUGCAAAACCCUUUUCACCGCAGCACCAUUACAAGAACCCAUUCCUUCAAGAUUCAGACGAUUUAUUCACAGCUCCACCAACAUUCAAAGCAGAGAAGGAAAUGGGUCCAACAUUCCGAGCUGAGAAUAGCGUAGCUCCAACUUUCAGAGCAGAAACGGCAACAUUGAGCUCACAGAAUGAAAAUCGUGGAUUUGAUGAAUUGGGGUUUGGAAACGAUCCAUUUGCAGGGCCUUUGAAUGGAAAUGAUCAGAGUUUUGAUGAAGAAAGUUUGUUGCAACAGCAGAAAUUAUGGAAGGAGCAGCAAAACAAAAUCAUAGCGAAGCAUACAUUGUGAAUUUUGGAGAAGAAGAAUAUUGGGGAAUUGGGAUGUAAAUUUAAACAGGUUAUAUUUAUUUGUAAAUAGAGCCUCGCAGAAUCAUAUUCAAUUCAUAUAAUAAAUCUACUUUGGCUAAUGGAAAAUAUAGAGACAAAUAAUUA